AUGCCGUCAGAUUUCCGCUUUGAACAUCCUCCAUCUGAGAAGAGUGGGGCACUUGAAGUGGAAAUAUCCCCACUACCACUCUCUCCCCAGAGCAACCCCAAAGCCACAAACUUAACUCCGGCGCACGGUCAACGCUCUCCAGGCAGCGGCAGCAGCGGAGACUCCUCCUUUCCCAUCAAGGGAGGGAAGGUGGUGGGAGCCUCUCUCCUCUCCCCCUCCACCUCUUUAAUGCACCCCCAUUAUCUCCUCCUCCCCGACUCCCUCGGGCCCGGGGCGCGCGCUCUGUUCUUCGUGCACGGGGCGCAGAGGUUCCCCAGCUUCCCGGCUCCCCGCGCGCGCCCCGACGGCUCUAAGGGACCGCUGGCGCUGGGCUGGCGGCAGAGUGCGCGGAGGAGCGGAGCGGAGCAGGCGGCAGCGGCAGCGGCAGCAGCAGCAGAGGCAGCUGCGCCUCCCUCCUUGCCUGCCUGCCAGCCACAACCCACCCCCUCCCCCACGCCCCGCUACCCCCCUCCCCCACCCGCUCCCUCCCUCCCGCUCUCUCGCUCCCCUCCGCCUCCUCCUCCACCCCCCUCUCUAGCUGUCACAUUGGGAGAUUCCGCUCUUGCUACAUUUGCUGCUGCUCCGUCUUCCUCCCACACACGGCCCGUGUGA